ACAAUUUCUGCAAGUAUUUGCUGUGAUGCCAUUCAUUGCUUGAGGGCAAAGAAAUUCAAAACAUUGUGGUAGAUGUUUAGUCUUUAACACCGGCUUAAGCCAAACAGACGUUAAACAUUAAAUAAAAAAAAAAGUUCAGCGUCAUGAAGUGCAUAGAGGCUGCAGUUAUUGUGUUUUUGUUGGCUACGUUUCUUCCAACUCAUCGAGCCCUACUCCAUGACAUUCAUGAAGUUGUGGAUUUUGACUCAGCCAACUUAAGAGAAUUUCAGUACUUCAAAAAUUUGCCAUCACAGGAUCCCAAAAGAGCUGCCCAGGCUAAUCUGUUUUUGGAACAUUUUCAAAAAAAGAAAGCUGUCCUGGACUACAUAGAACAUUUAUUUUUGGGUAAUUCCCCAUUUACCAAAGAAAGUGAAAUACCAUUUGAUCCUCAUUUCGGUCGUGCUUGGCGUCCUUACUUCGUUAAAAAGUAUGGUUGGCGUGGAGAGCGUCUCAUUGAUGCAUUGGGUAGAGGCUAUUCCGUAAAAUAUUUGCGAAAAUAUGGUGCCAUACCCAAGGAAUAUGGAACGAAGUAUUAUCCUAAUUAA